CAACUGAUGCAGAGAGAGGCGGAAGGACCUUUAUAUAUCGCUGGAUGAUACUGAAUUCAAUCCGGAACCUGGUCGAUUUGCGCGCCCAAGAAGUUACCUAAUAUUCUGGUUUCACAUGUGUCGUUGGAUGACGACGCUAAUCUCGUAAACACUCCUGGGUAUCAGUGGGGAUGUUGUAAACGUGCCUUGAAUCCAACGGUACCUGACUAACUAAAGGCCUUUUAUUGAUGCCAGCCACCUCACCCAGCAAUGGCAAAUUCAAACAGCGCCGGGACACCAACUGGUGCACCACCCUCAUAUGAAGCGCUUUCUGUCCCUCCCAAAGAGCCUCAACCUGGUGCUCCGCCGCGCCGCCUUCGACCACCACCGCCACUAGAAUUGCCCGCAUUGAACCUGCUGCGUGGUAAGCGAGUCAUUCUUGCAUCGCAGUCACCCCGAAGGAAACAACUACUGGCGCAAAUCGGUCUGACGAACAUCGAAAUCAUCCCGUCCAAAUUCGAGGAGAACCUGCCAAAGACCGUAUCACCGUUCGAAUAUGUCCUUGCGACCGCAACUCAAAAGGCGCUAGCCGUCUACAAGCAAGAACUGGACAAUGAAGAAAAAGGCGAGCCAGGCAUAAUCAUAGCAGCGGAUACAGUAGUGGUCAGCAGUAUGGGAGAGAUUCUCGAAAAGCCCCGAAGCGAGGUGAAUCACAUGCAGAUGCUGCAGUCGUUACGAGAUACAGGUCUGCACCGCGUUUACACCGCAGUCACUGUCAUAUGUCCGCUUUCAAGUGCGAGGGACCCAGGGUACGCGAUGGAAGCUGGAACGGAGGAGACAGUCGUCAAAUUUGAUUCAGAAGUCUCGGACGAGUUGCUGCUGGCUUACGUUAGGACAAGGGAAGGUGCGGACAAGGCCGGUGGAUAUGGCAUACAGGGGACUGGAGCGAUUCUGGUCGAGAGAAUAGAGGGAAGCUUCGAUAAUGUGGUUGGAUUGCCGCUAAGGACUACUCUGAAGAUGAUCGAAAAGGUGGUGGCAAAGGCUGAUGAUGACGAGAACCUGGGUGAAGAGGAAGAUCUGCUCGAGGAAGAGGAUGAAUGAUGCGCUUCAACGAUAGACGGUUUGUCAGUGCGUUGGGUGGCGUUCUAGGCAGUCGGCUCGGUUACAUCCGGGCCUGUGAAGAAUCUCUGAAAUAAAAGGUCGCUUGAUCAUUUGGUAUCAGUCGCGAAACUCUUGUGCCCUCGUGUGUCAUAUACAGAUUGGCUCCCCAGGAACCCAAACGGUCCACCUAUUUCAAAUGCUUGAGCUUGCCGUCGUGUCCGAGUGAAGAGAGCGAGUCCGUCUUCCCGAUAGUAGCAUCAUUGCUCUCACCAGCAUGCCAUAAUCUCUUGACCGCCUCGGUAACCCCAACGUCGUUCGUCUCGAACUCGUAGAAUCCAAUACCGACAAUCAAGGUCGCCAAGUUGAGCGCCCACAUGAAAGCCUUUCGCAAUUGCGGGUGUUUAUGGAU